AUGUUUAAAGACAUUUCUUUUAUGUUCCCUUUGUCAACAGUCAAUUUAACAAAUACCAGAAUAAAGACACUUACAAGUUUGAUUGAAUCUAAUGGAGGAGAAAUGAAAUUAAAUCCAAAUACACUAAUAAUUGUUGGUUCUGAUGCAACACUAGAAUUAUGUCAGAAAUAAUUUGCCAAAUUUAAUCUUGAUUUUGAUUCAUAUAGAUACUAGUUCUUAAAUGCUGAUUGGAUCUCUUAAUCGUUAUUACAUAAAAAAUUAUAGGAUAAGAAGAAGUUUUUAUUGUUCCCAGAAGUAGAAUUUCAACCAGUUUUAGAAGAAGUUCCGUAAUUUACAACAAAAUUAGUUUAUGUAGAAGCUUUAGCUAAGACUGUACCAGUGAGAGAAGAAACACAUGAAUAAGAUGAUGGUGACAUAUACAUUUACAAUAUUAAGGAUGAUGAAUUAAGAAUAAAAUAUGAAAAAAGGAUGGAAGAAUUUAGAAGGGAUAUUGUUAAAGAAUAUAAAUAAAUAUUGGAUUAUGAGUAUGAUUAUGAUUUAGACAAUUUUCAUAAUCAAAUAGAUGAUGGUUAUGAAUAUUUAUUGGAAGAUUUAUCUAUUUUAAAAAAAGAAGAGCCAUAAAUACCUGAAACUGAAAAAUUCUAUGGUGAUGAUGAUUGUUAAAUAACAGAGACUAGAAAAGUUAAAUUUGAUAUUUUAGAUGGAUUAGAUUUAGGAAAAUCAGUUGUUAAUGUAGAUUAACCUAUAGUAAAUGCUUAAUUAAAAGAAACUAAAUAAUUUAAUCCUGGAUUAAAAAGAAAAUAAUAAUUUUGGGAAGCUAAAAAAGGAUAUUUUGUUUGUGAAGCUGGUGCUGCUCAUAAAUGUUAAAAUAAUGAAAUCAUAGAAGAAUUAGAAAAAUUGUUGAAAAUAUAUACAAAUGAAAAAGAUAAAGGAAGAUGUAUAGCAUAUAGAAAAGCUAUUGGAUUCUUAAAAGCACUUCCAUAUCCUAUUAAAUCUAGUGAAGAUUUAAAAGAUAUGCCUACAAUUGGAGAUAAAAUUAAGAAGAAGAUAAUUGAAAUUAUGUAAACAGGUAAAUUAACUAAAGUAUAAAAAUUGGAAGGAUAAGAAAAAAAUGUUGCUAUAAGUGAAUUAAGUAGAGUUUGGGGUAUUGGACCUACAACUGCUGCUACAUUCUAUUUUAAAGGAAUUAAAACUAUUGAAGAUUUGAAAAAGAAUUAACAUUUAUUAAAUAGAAAUCAAUAAGUUUGUUUGCAUUUAGUGGAAGAUUUAGAAUAAAGAAUUCCAAGAGAAGAAGCUACUUUAAUAUUUGAAAUUGUUAAAAGAGAAAUUGAUGAUUUAAGUGGAGUAUAAGGAUUAUAUAAGGCAACUGCAUGUGGAUCUUAUAGAAGAGAAAAAGAAACAUGUGGAGAUAUGGAUAUUUUAAUUACAAGAUGUGAUGGUAAAAAUACUGAAGAUUUUCUACUUAGUUUGAUUAAACGAUUAGAAGGGAAAUUGUUAACCCAUCAUUUAACAAUGCCAAAAAGAACUGAUCAAGAUUGUGAAACAUAUAUGGGAAUUGGAAGAGUAUCUAAUUAAGCACUACAUAGAAGGAUUGAUUUAAAACUAUAUCCAAAAGAAUAAUAUGGUUGUGCAGUUUUAUAUUUUACUGGUUCUGAUCAUUACAAUAGAAGUAUGAGAUUAUGGGCUCAAAAAAACGGAUAUACUUUAAGUGAUCAUGGACUCUACCCUACUCAAAGAGGUGCACACAAUAAGAAAUUGUGGAAAGGAGAAGUAAUACCAUGUGAAGAAGAAAUGGAUGUGUAUAAGAUUUUAGGAUUGAAAUACAAACCCCCCAAAGAGAGAUCGGUAUGA